CGUCCCGACGGCUCCAUUCAGUCAGUGUCGGGCCGCACCGACGGCCAGCGCGUCGCCUGUCUUCCUCGGACACCUCACAGUGUGUCUCACAGUGUCCGCAGUGUCUCGCAGACAGGCCGGAGCCAUGGAGCCCCGGACCGCGCGGCGCGGCCCACCGAGUAGUGGCUCGUGGCUGGUGGCGGCCGUCGUGCUCUCCAUGGGUGUCAGCGCGGCGAUGGGGUGCGACUGCGCGACGAGCAAGGGCGCCAGCGCCCCGCCGGAGAACUCGCUGCUUCCCCGGGGCGGGCCGGCAGCGCCGCAAGCGCCGCCAGCGGGGGCGGCGCCCAGACGGACCACCACCACCACGCUGGACGACGUGCUCACCCCCGAGCUCGUGCAGAGCUACCUGGCGCUGCAGCUGCACCGCGCCGCGCUGGACAUGGCCGAGCGGACGCAGGCCACGCGGUCGUCCGGCGCGAGGUGCUCCGACCCCCAGUCUCCCUGCGGGCGCGCCGCGUCGCUGCGCCGCUCCAGGCGCUUCGCGGCGGCGGUCCGCUCCGACCCUGGCCGCGACGGCGACGUCCCCGUGGUGCUGGGGCUCGUCGGCACGGGGCUGCCCUCGGGGCUGCCCUCGGGGCCCUCGCGCUCGUUGCUGGCGCCCGCGGCCAGCACCGAGCCCACCGUGCCCGUGGUCAAGGGCUCGGCCGACCCGGCGCACCCCACCACGCCGCGCACCGCCCUGCUCCCCGGGGACCUGCAGCUCACGCCCGAGGAGGAGGAGGCCCUGGCCGUGCUGCUGGAGGGCAGGCACCACAAGAACGGCGACAAGCCCUUCAGGACGAGGCCGGCGGCGCCGCGGCCCCCCACCAGGCCCGCCAACUGGCCGCCCAGCACGGCGUCCAGCACGCCCGCCUCGGUGGCCAGCGUCAGCGGCAAGGUCGGCGGCAAGACGAUCCCCUCGGCCGCGGCUCCCGCGGCCGGCCGCCCCCCGCAGCGCAGCAGCACCGCCAACAAGGACAGCUGCUGCAGCCAGCGCAAGCUGGUCCAGGAGCUGGAGCGGCAGCUCACCCUCCUGAGGCAGCUCAACGCCGCGCACAUGCGCGAGGACUGGGUCCGCGCCAGCUAUCCCAGCCCGUACUACCCCUACCUGCACAACCUGCCCGUCCAUUCGGCCAGAGGCUACGAGGACGGCCCCAUGCUGGUGCCCACCUACUUCCUGCCGUCGGGGUGGCGGCGCCGCGACGCCCUGCUGCCGCCGCCGUCGACGUGGACAUCCGGGGCGCGGCGGCCCGGCCCCGCGCUGCCCGACCCGGCCAACUGCGACCGCCAGGCGCAAGAUGACCAGGACGCCGACGACGGCGACGGCGGCCACCUGGACGACAAGGUGCAGUUGAGCGAGCAGCAGCGCGACGCCGCGGACCGCGAAGCUGACGACCUCCGGGGCGCCGAUCCUCACGACGACGUCGGCGUCGACCCCAAGAUCGGACAGCCCGUGGACUUUGAGAUCCGCCGAUGAGGCGGCGCGUCGUGGCGACGAGCACCGAGACCACGGCGAUGGCGCCGCACGCCACGCGCCGCGACACGCCACCGUAAGGUGGACUAAUUGCUCCGCCACUCCACUGGAAGGCUGGACUGCCCCGCUGAAUCACGCGGAAUGCCUCCGCCGCGACCUGCAGGCCGCGUCCCUGGACCUGGUUCAAGUUGCCGGGGCCCUAAUUGGGCAGGUCCUGGCUAUGCAGUGCCUCUCGCAGAUCGCCUUGCGAGCGGCGACUGGCGGCGUUCUCCUGUUUCUCGCCAGCAGGCCGAUGCCGAACAACGCUGUCUCUCUCCCUCGCACCCCUACAGCACGCCCCAUGAGUGCGAGAGAGACAGGGCGACGAAAGCACUUUCAGACUCUUCGGUGUCCCAGACCAAGAUGCGGCGGAGAUAGUGGCGUCGCUGGCCCCUGCCGGCUGAUUCCAAAAAAAAAUAUUCGUUACUCUGUCUCUCUCUCACUCCCCUACGGAACGUCCCAUGAGUGCGACAGAGACAGAGCGACGAAACGAUCUUUCGGAGUCGGGCGGCUGUGCCCUUGGCCUGGCUCAGCCUCGCACCUCCCGGCCCGCCACUGCGGCCACUUAGGUGACACGGACACGACGCCGUGCCCGUGCCGUUCCCAUGGCGCCCCCACUUCCGCGUCCAUCCUGGCCCAUCCGCGCAACAGGUUCAAGUGGAAAAAGACUUCACCAAAUAAAGGGUCUCGUCCGUGUUUCAUUCAUGA